AUGCAAGGACUGGCGCAGACAACCAUGGCAGUGGUUCCUGGAGGAACUCAGCCCUUGGAGCCAUCUGUUAUAAAAUCACAAAGGUGGAACGAGAACAAAGAGAAGUUCUUGAAGGGGGAACCCAAAGUCCUAGGGGUGGUACAAGUUAUGAUUGCUCUCAUAAACCUCAGCUUAGGAAUAAUAAUGAUGAUACCUACAUUUGUUGAACGACCCAUGUCAGUGAUCUUACUGGCCCCAAUUUGGGGACCAAUAAUGUUCAUUAUCUCCGGAUCCCUGUCAAUUGCAGCAGGAGUGAAAAUGACAAAGAGCCUGGUCAUCAGCAGUCUAAGUCUGAACGUGAUCAUCUCUGUGGUGGCUGCAGCUGUAAGCAUUAUUAGUAUCAUCAGUGUCGUUGUGGGUGCAUAUUCUUCCCGUUUUUCUGCGCAUCCAAUUGUAAAUGCUUUGGAUGUUUUGACGUUAAUUUUAAAUAUACUACAAUUCUGCAUUGCUGUGUCCAUCUCUGCAUUUGGAUGUAAUGCUUCCUGUUGUAACUCCAGUGAUGUUCUUGUAGUGCUACCAUCAAAUCCUGCUGUGACAGUGACGGCACCCCCCAUGACACUUCAAACAUUGUUACCAUAA